AUGACAUUAGUCGGACCAAUGAAUGGUUCUAUACAAAAAUUAAUUCAUCAAUUUUGCGAUCUUUAUGAGCAUGCUAGACAUGAUCCCAGUGAAUUCGGAGAAGAAGAAUAUCAAAUUUUUUCAAGGCUGCUAUUAAAACUUUUAGAUGUAGCAAAAUUAAUUAAAUCAUACCCGAGUAGUAAAAGAAGUAGCCCGAGUAAAACUCCGAUUAAAAAAACAGGCACUUGCGAUUCGAAAAGAAUUGAAAAUAUUGCAAAAGGAACAGACAGAGAAGGAAGGCCUCAAACCUUAAUUCUACCAGUAAAUACUUCCAUUUUAAAAUCACUUGAAUCCACUGUGAUACCUUAA